AUGUGCAGUAAAACCAAGAAUAGCGAAGCCCUGAAGGUGGUGGUAAGAUGCCGCCCAAUCAACAGGAAAGAAGAAGCAGCUGGCUACGACAGGAUAGUGGCCAUGGAUGUCAAACUAGGGCAGGUGACCAUUCGGAAUCCAAGGGCGAACCCUGGGGAACUGCCAAAGACGUUUACCUUUGAUGCCGUGUAUGAUGCCAGUUCCAAGCAGACAGACUUAUAUGAUGAGACUGUCAGGCCUCUCAUCGAUUCUGUCUUGCAAGGGUUUAAUGGCACCAUAUUCGCCUAUGGACAGACUGGCACCGGCAAGACCUACACCAUGCAGGGUUUCUGGGCUGAGUCAGAUAAAAAAGGGGUGAUUCCGAAUUCUUUCGACCACAUUUUCACCCAUAUCUCUCGAUCCCAAAAUCAGCAAUAUUUGGUGAGGGCAUCUUACCUGGAGAUCUAUCAAGAGGAAAUACGUGACCUCUUGUGUAAAGACCAGAGCAAGAAGUUAGAACUUAAGGAGAAUCCUGAAAGUGGAGUAUAUAUUAAGGACCUGUCUUCUUUUGUGACCAAAAAUGUGAAGGAGAUAGAACAUGUUAUGAAUUUAGGUAACCAAGCUCGGUCGGUGGCCUGCACAAACAUGAAUGAGCACAGUUCGAGGUCCCACGCGAUCUUUGUUAUCACCAUAGAGUGCAGUGAACUGGGUGUGGAUGGGCAGGAACAUAUCCGAGUUGGGAAACUCAACCUGGUGGACUUGGCUGGCAGUGAAAGACAAAGCAAAACAGGAAUGAAUGGAGAUAGGCCCAAGGAAGCUUCAAAAAUCAACCUUUCUCUAUCCGCACUGGGUAACGUGAUAUCAGCGCUGGUAGAUGGUCGCAGCACCCACAUUCCCUAUAGAGACUCCAAACUGACCCGUCUUUUACAGGACUCUCUAGGUGGCAAUGCUAAAACCAUAAUGGUGGCCACCCUAGGCCCAGCCUCCCACCACUACGACGAAACUUUGUCCACUCUCAGGUUUGCCAACAGGGCUAAGAACAUCAAGAACAAGCCAAAAAUUAAUGAGGACCCCAAGGACACUCUGCUGAGGGAAUUCCAGGAAGAGAUUGCCAGGCUGAAGGCCCAGCUAGAAAAAAGGGGGAUGCUCAGCAAGAAGCGCCGACGGAACAGCCGCAGGAAAAAGUCGGUGGAUGGGGAGUCUAUUCCAGAUACAGAGGCUGAGGAGGAGAAUGAAGACAACCUCAUUGAGAAAAAUGUAGGGAGCUACUUGAAGGAACAAGCUGAGAGGUUGCAGCAGGAGAAAGCAGCUAUCCAGGAGGACCACAGCUUGUUGGAGGAGGAAAAGAUGAAGAUGAUUGAAGAGAAGGAGAAGAUGAUGGAGGAUUUAACAAAGGAGCAGAAAGCAACAGAGAUGCUGGCGGUGAAAUUCAAGGUAAUUCUUUUUCAAUAUAGACACAAACCCAUCCUAAUAAUUAUACAGUAUAUUUGUAUGGCAUGA